AUGCCCUCAAAGGAGAUUGUGGAGCCUGCCCUCUUCUCUCUUUUGCUUCUUGGCUAUGAGUCAAACCUCCCAAGCAUGGUUCCUCCUGGGGCCUUUGUGCUGUCUGUGGGAAGCCGCGAAGACUUGAUGAAGAUGGUGCGGCCGCCCUACUCGUACUCAGCACUCAUAGCCAUGGCCAUCCAGAGCGCGCCCGAUCGCAAGCUUACGCUCAGCCACAUCUACCAGUUCGUGGCCGACAGCUUCCUCUUCUACCAGCGCAACAAGGCUGGCUGUCAGAAUUCUAUUCGCCACAACCUGUCGCUCAAUGACUGCUUCAAGAAGGUGCCCCGCGACGAGGAUGACCCAGGGAAAGGUAAUUACUGGACUCUGGAUCCAAACUGCAAGAUGAUGUUUGAUAAUGGAAACUUCCGAAGGAAGCGCAAGCGGCGCUCAGAGGCCAGCAGCAGCUCUGCGGUGGCCACGGGGACUUCCAUGUCAGAAGAAGGGCUGUCCUCGGGAUUGCGGGCCGUGGGCGGCGCCCCGCAGGGAGAAGGCCCCUCCUCUGUGCUGCUGCCAGCGCAGUCUCCGGAGCCUGAGGGCGCCAAGAGCCCCGGGUCCCCACCGGGUGGCCCUGUGCUGGCCUCCACCCCCUGCCUCGGUGCCUUCUUCAGCAGCCUCAGCGGUCUCAGCGUUGGCAGCGGUGGGAGUGCCCAGAGCGCCAGCCCUGGUGGCUGCCACCUGGGGGCCCAGGGCCCUCAGCUGCCCUCCAGCAGCAUCUUCUCUUCCACCUCCAUCUCCGAGGCCUCUGCAGACACCUUGGCGCUGGGCAGCAGCAGCAGCAGCAGCAGCCAGAGAUCUUCCUACUAUAGCCCGUUCCCGGCCAGUGCCGGUGGGGGCCAGAGCAGCCCCUUCAGCAGCCCCUUCUACAACCUGGGCAUGGUCAACAGCCUCAUCUACCCACGGGAGGGCUCCGAGGUGUAG